UUCGUUCCUUCUCGAUCUUCUAUUGAAAUAUAUUCUAUUUCUGUCUAUUGUUUUAUACUACUUAUGUGGAUAUAAGUAGCUCACGUAUCAUUCAAUUAAACUUUCAAACUCAAUGUCAACAUCUUCAAUUGAUUCUAUUGACAAUAUUCCAUCAUAUCAUCCAAUAUUCACUAAAACACCGAAUGUUUCACCAGCCAACUCAUGUUCUUUACUAAAUUCACAUAAUUAUACUAAUCAAAUUCAAUAUAGAAAUCAACAGAAUAAACAAUUUCAUUCAAUCUUUAAACAAAAAAAUAAAAAAAUCAUUUAUAAUUUAUUACCGGAUCAAUGGUCAUUUACAAAUAAUAAUAUAAAAUAUGCCAAAGAAAUCAAUCGGUACAAACCAAAUGACAAUCAUCAAGAAAAAAGACAAACAUUUGGGAUUACAAAUAUUUACAACUUUUCACCAUUUAUGUCAACUAAUUCAAAUAGUAUUUCAUCUAAACAAGUAAAACAUCAAACUAUUCACAAUAAACGUACAAAGACCCCAACCACUUCCAGAAAAGAAGUUAGAGAGCCUUUGCAUCAGCUAGAGACUCUAAAGAACGAUGAAAAUGCCAGAUAUAUUUGGUUAACAAGACAAACACAACGAAGUACACCUGUUUUGAACCAGGAGCGUCAAUAUGGUCGGAUCAACUUAAUUUCCACACAUCGAGGAGAAUCUCCAUCCAGAAGGGAGAAAAGUGAAACGUCUAGUGCAAGAGCGGAACACAGAGGAGGAUUAUUUAAUGUACAUAUGAACAGUGGAAUUAAAGCCCCGUAUUACAUAAUACAUCCGGAAUGGUUAAGUGAGACUAUGACAAUACGACAACUUGGGUUAUCACCUAGACCAACUCCAUUGCCAAUAACCAACUGUCUAAACGAUAACCAAGUGAAUAAACGGAGUCACACAACAAAUUCUAUUUGUCCAGGAUCUUCAAGGAGAAACAUGUGUACAGAUUCAUUAAGCUUAGGACAAUCAUCUUUUAACCGUUGUAGAAGUUUACCACCGAAGUCAAUAAAUCCCAUAACAUGGGACAGUUACGGAAAUAAUCUUUGAAAAACUGACAGUGAAACAAUUGGUGAAUUAUUUUAUUAAAGAAAUAAGGCUUACAAAAAAAAAGCAAUUUAAUUCAUUAAGAAAAUAGAAUUUUUCAUUUC